AUGACACAUCAUCCCCAAACGUUUCAAAAGAAAACAAUGGAAAGAAAGGUCUAUUCUCUAAGGGAAAACAGUCACUCAGCAAGGCUCUUUCACAAGCUGCUAGGUUUAGUGGGUAUCGAUCUCAUGCAUCUGGGAAAAACCUUCACAACUUAUGACAGAAAUACACGUUCUGAUCUUUAUGUUGCACUCCCUGUUCUCAGUCAAGGAAAGAAAUGGGUCUUACUAUACAGUACAUGGAGGCAUGUCAUAUCUCUUUCAACCUUAUAUAGAAGAAGCAAUCUUUGCCCUGGGUUAAGUCUACUGGUCGUUGGAGAUCGUAAAGGUGCAGUGUUUGGUGGUUUAGUUGAGGCACCUUUGAAACCAUCAACAAAGAAAAGAUACCAGGGAUCGAAUGAUACAUUUGUGUUUACAAAUACACCAGGGCUUCCUGUUAUAUAUCGCCCCACAGGGGUGAAUCGGUAUUUUACUCUUUGUUCAACUGAGUAUUUAGCGCUUGGUGGGGGAAAUCAUUUUGCAUUGUAUCUCGAUAGUGACUUAUUGAAUGGGUCAAGUUUGGCCUCAGAAACUUAUGGUAACUCUUGUUUGUCACACACCCAAGAAUUUGAAGUGAAGGAAAUUGAGCUGUGGGGGUUUGUAUAUGCUUCAGAGUAUGAAGAGGCGAUAUCAAUGUUGAGGACAGAAGCACCUGGGAUAUGUCGAUGGUUUAUACUGCCCCUGAUUCUGCCUGGUAUAAAAUGCCUAAGUCUACAAGGUGAGCUUUGUGGUUGGACAUGCUUUUACAUUGGUGUGGCUGCUGUUGCUUUUGGAUGCUCUUAUUAUCACCUCAAACCAAAUGAUGGUCACCUUGUUUGUGAUCGUUUGCCUGUUGAUGCUAAGUUGAAGGCUGCAGUUGAGAAAGAAGUUGGUAGAAUAAGAGGUUUGGUUGGAUUAGCUUUUUCCACAGCACAGAAGGUUAGGGACAGACGGGACCAUACAGAUGAGGUCAAGGUACACCAUGCACUGCUGACGUGGCAGCUCAAACUCCACCACCUUCACGGUUCGAUACUUCUACGCGUGCUCCACGAAGCCGCGAUUGGGGUUGGGGGCUUUGUUCGCGGCCAUGGUCCGCUGCCAGUGGGGGCUUUCUCUUUGAAGAAGAGGGCUUCCACCACCACUCUUUGGGCGAAGUCGUGGUCGAAGUCAUUGCAGCAACGAUCAGGUACAAAUCAGGUUUAUAUCGACAAUCUUGACCCUGGUGUUGCAGAUGAGGGAUUGAGGUCGAUUUUCUUGCAAUUUGGUGAAAUAGUUUAUGUCAAAAUUCCUACUGCAAAAGGAUGCAGGUUUGUUCAGUUUGUCAACAGGACAUCUGCUGAAGAAGAAAUUCAAAGGAUGCAUGGAAGUCAAAUUGGUCAAACUAUAGUCCACCUUUCUUGGGGAAAAAGCAUAGCUACUAAACAGGUUAUUGGUGUUUUAAGUAAAGAAAGCUGA